AUUUUGGAAGCUAUUGAGUCACAGCUGCGCCGAUGGUGUAAAGGCCUGAAGGUGUGGGCAGGCUGCCCAGACGGCCGGCACUAAGCCACGCGGGCCACGAUGCAGCCCGUGGCUGGGCUGCCGCCAAAUGCCUUCACGAUGCCUAUGCCUGCUCCAGGGAUGGGGCCUCCACUGCCUGGUGCGCCCAUGCUGGUGCCAGUUCCAGCAACUGCACCGCUGCCUGCGACCUUGCCAGGUGCUUUGCCGCCCAUGGGUGCGCCUGGCCUACCUGGCUUACCCGGGGUGACAUUGCCGCCACCACCAAACGCUGGUGCGACAGUGUCCAUCGCCAUUGACAACUUGCCAUUUCGGUAUCAGCUGUCCGAGGCUGAUCUGAAGGAGAUGUUUCAGCGAUGGGGAACUGUGCAGUCAGUCCAGGUGGUGCGAGAUAGUGGCAGCAGAGAGGUCGGCUCUGUCCAGUUUGCAGACCAGGUUGAUGCGCAGGAUGCGCAAAAACAACUGACGGGGCAGAGCUGUACAUUCGAUGGUGCCACUGGCACUCUGGCGGUUGUCAUGGGGAGCCCUUUUCAACUGGCGGUGCCAAGACAAGUCCCAGGGCAAGCAGGUCCUGGUCCGGUCGCGCCGACAGGCCCUUUGUCUGCUCCUAGCGCUUGUGGGCCAGGUGCGCCGAAAAACGGCACCCCGGUCAUGGCGGAUGGAAAGGGUGCGCCAGCAAAUGGCCACGUGAGACCUGUGUGGUGUUGCAAGAUCGUGGUGGAGGCAGAAUCACUGCAUCCGGAGUUUCCCACGGUGGUUAGAAUCAAAGGAGAGGGUGAUGCUAACGUUGAGCACAUCAGGACGCAGACAAAAUGCUACGUGCAGCUCCGCGGAAAGGGAUCAGAGACUCUGGAGCCCGAAACAAGUCAGGAGUUGCCAGAGCCUAUGUUCUUGUGGCUCACAAGUGACAGCGCUGAAAACGGCAAAGUAGGAAUGGAGAUGACCCUGGACUUGCUGAAAAGCAUCUACGAAGGUCAUCAACAGUGGUGUGAGCAGAAUGGGAUUGGCCAUCCGGAAUCCAUCAAACCGAAGGUCUUGGAAAACCCAGAAGUUCUGCCAGGCUCCGGUCCUACUGGUGCUAUGGGACAGGUGGUACCACCACCGAAUACAAACUAUGGCCCAGGCAAAGGUUCCCUGCCAGGCAAAGUGCCGGGACCAUACUUUAAGUGACCACGCUGAGCACAGCUGAGCAGAGCUGAGCAGAGCUGAGCGAAUCUGUGGAGGUCGAGAAACCUCUGGGUUCGUUGUGUAUACAAAACGUUAAUCGCUGGAAAAGGAUUUGCAGCAGCACAAAGGGCGUGCUACACCUGGC